AGUCGAUCGACGAGUACUUUGGCGGUCGGCCAAAUCGCGCACACUUCCUCCGUCCCAGGGCCGUGAAGUGGGCGCCUGUUGGUAGCAGCAAUGUUCCAUUGCAACGCCACUAAUGAAGAACUACUAUCAAGGCCCUGUGAUAGUGCCGAACUGUGUCAGAGUCGGGCUCAUCGCGUCACACUCAAGAUUGAUGUGCCGCACACAGACCACAGUCAUGUGAUCGGACGCGGUGGCCGUAAUAUCAAGGGCGUGAUGUUGGAUACACAGUGCCACAUUCACUUUCCCGAUUCGAACCGAAUGAGUCAGGUGGAAAAAAGCAACCAAGUCACCAUCACAGGUCACGUGAGCAGAGUGGAUUUGGCUCGAAUGCGUAUUCGGAGCAUGCUACCUGUGAUCUUCAGUUUCACUCUCCCGACAUUUACUGCCUCCUCACCAACGGCGUUCCGUACUUCACCCUUUGUCAAACAACUACAAGAUGUGUAUGGCGUGGAAAUAUGCUGCCGAGCGCCUUGUCCGCACGAUGCAAAUUUAAUGGACGUUAGCGUGAAAGGAUUAGCAGGUAACGCAAAGAACACGAAGGCGGCUGCUCAGCUUCUGGUACACAAGUACUACCGAAGAGAUGCGUUCGUGCCGAUAUACACCGUGAUUGAGCUGGACACGACGGGACAAACUAACUUCGUUGGGCAGACAGAUCCAGAGGCAUUAGCACAGUCCGUAAUGCGGGCCACCGGAGCGACCGUUCGCCUUACGAAAUCUCGGUUGGUCAACCGUGGAUGUCUUGUGCAAUCGCCAGAAUCCUUGGGGACGCUGAGCUCUUUCGUUACGCCCAACAGUGAAAGAACGCAUACCACAAGCGUCGAGAUUACCGGCCCCUCUGUGGACUCUACCCUGUUGGCGCGUCAGUAUAUAACGAGUCUGCUACCGGUCGCGCUGGUUUUCGACUUGCCCAGAGACGACUGCGAGUUGCUGCGGAGUUUCGACUUCAAACGUCUGGAGCAGCUGCACAAUGUGUCCGUCGACAUUCGUCCGAAAGCCACUCAUUCGGUCAAAUCAGUGUAUGUGAGAACUGUUGAGGGAAAUGUUCGCUCAGUGUACAGCACCUGGCAGUUGAUCAACGAGUUCCUUGCCCAAGCAAGUCAAAUUUCAAACCUGAUCAUUGGAGAAUCUCAGCAAACGUCUGAACCUGACUUGGAAACAAUGAAGAAUACGGACGAUGUGUGUCAAGCGAACGAUCUACUGAGAUUGUGUACAACGCCGUACAUCACCGCGGAGUCAACUAUAGAGCCAUGGUGGCUCACGGAUCGUGAAGAUUUUUGCACACGAGACGGAAAAGAUUAUACUAAACAGGGCUACUACAACCCACCACCGAGGGUACUUCGGGCCGCAGCAAGGUGGACAAAAGCCCAAAUGGACACGGACGAUCCCGAACGGGCGCAGUGACUUGGUAUUUACGCAUUCAGAUAAUAGUGAGUUGGCUUCAGCAUAGGAAGCGAAGUAAUUGUACAACCUGUUGUGACGCAUCUUUUUGAUUGAUAUGACUAUGUGUUUUCAAAAUGCGGCGUCCUAACUGGACCUUCCAUUCUCGUUGCGUUUACGUGUGCGCGCAUUGCUAAUCGCAGAUUGACGAGGAGCGAGCACAUAAUAGCUAUAAAGGCAAAUGUGUGGCUGUGUAGGAGAAACAGGGCCGUCAGUAAAUGGAGGGAUCUGCAGGAAGUCGGUAGUUUCGAGACUUUCAGACUAACAUUGUACUGGUAUACUGUACAAGUAAUAGCAAUAAUAUUACCAGUUUUACUAUCUUUAUUAUCGAACCAUACACUUGAAAUGAAUGCAGAGAACUAUGAGCUGAUCAACCCCUGAUCUCAACGCAAACUUCCUUCUCCCUAUUGCAGAUCACUCGGCCGCUAUCAAGUUGAACUUAAACCAAAUACGCUUCGACGACGUAGUUGAAUGACAACAUUUUGUUAAAUUCCAUUGUCUACCGUUAUUUUUGACACCAUUUUUAUACCUUAACAACACCGUUGAAAUUGUGCGUUCCAUUUAUUCAUUCACUAUCUAUUAUGACCAAUGUGACCAUUACCAUCACCGCCUCAUUUGUACGCAUGUGGAGCUCCGACGACGUCUACACCAUGCUGACUCUAUCUCGUGUCUUUCGCCCCCCCACUUUUAACUCCAAUCCGCCUGCACCAGAACUUUGACACAGUUGACAGUUCCGCAUUUGUGGUCCGAUGGGCAUAAGCAACCGGUUUCGACUCACUUCAAACAACCAUGAUACAAGUUCUUGGCAUUAAACUCCACAACUGUUUAUUCAUAUGUUAUACUGUGGCAUAUUAGCUGUAUGUUUCAUCCACAUAACCAAUGUGUAUUGAUGAUGAUAAUGAUAAUAUAGAGAAAAAGAAAGAGUUCAGUAUCACAGGUUG